CUUCAUACCUUUCUCAGGAAUGUCAAAGUCCCAAGAGGAUGCCCUGCAGCCUGGAUCCACUAGAGUGGCCAAAGGCUGGAGCCAAGGGGUGGGAGAAGUUACUUCUACCUCCGAAUACUUCUCCUGCGUUUCUUCUUCACGCAAGCUCAUCCACGGUGAAAUCCAGAGAAUACAUCGUGACAGCCCCCAGCCUCAGUCACCCCUGGCCCAGGUUCAGGAACGAGGAGAGACUCCUCCCUGCUCACAACAUGUCUCCUUGUCAUCCCAUUCGUCCUAUAAGACUUGUGUGUCCUCUCUGUGUGUAAACAAAGAGGAAAGGGGCAUGAAAAUAUACUACAUGCAGGUACAAAUGAAAAAAGGUGUGGCUGUCUCCUGGGAGACAGAGGAAACUGCAGAGUCCUUAGAAAAGCAGCCAAGGAUGGAAGAAGUGACCCUUCCUGAGGUUGUGAGGGUAGGUACUCCCCCCUCUGAUGUGUCCACCAGAAACCUCCUGUCUGACAGUGAGCCCGGCGGGGAGGAGAAAGAGCAUGAGGAAAGGACAGAAUCAGACAGCCUGCCAGGCUCACCCACCGUUGAGGAGACACCCAGGGCCAAGACUCCUGACUGGCUGGUGACCAUGGAGAACGGCUUCAGGUGCAUGGCCUGCUGCCGGGUGUUUGCCACCGUGGAAACCCUCCAGGAGCAUGUGCAAUAUGGGAUCAGAGAGGGCUUCAGCUGCCACGUCUUUCAUCUCACCAUGGCUCAGCUGACAGGCAACAUGGAAUCAGGGAGCACCCAAGACGAGCAGGAGGAGGAAAAUGGAAAUGAGGAGGAGGAGGAAGAGAAACCAGCAGCAAAGAAGGAGGAGGAGGGGCAGCCCACAGGGGAAGACCUUGGCCUGAGGAGAUCCUGGAGCCAAUGUCCAGGCUGUGUGUUUCAUUCUCCAAAGGACCUUCCAAAGGACUGGAACAGCUGAGACUUAUGGGCCAGAAGAUACUGGAAGAUGGUGUGGCCUUCUCUUGCAAGAGGGAGAAGAAAGAGCCAUGGAGAUAGUAGCAGACAGACUGCCCAAGGUGGAGAUGGCUGCGGCUAUGGUGGUGAUGCUGCGAGGGGGUCUCCUGCCCCAGGCGGGCCAGCUGCCUGCCCUCCAGACUGUCUGCUAUGGCUCCAAGGCUGUUACCUGCCACCAUCGUGUGAUGCACUUUCAGCAACAGAAGCUGAUUGCUGUGACUGAAUAUAUCCCCCAGACACCAGCCAUCAACCCAACAUGUCGGCCAUCUCCUCCCGGCCCCCAGCAGGAGGCAUCACUGGAAGCCCUAGAACUUACCACAGAGGGAGCAAGGUUGCCAGGAGAAGUGACAGCUGAUGUACCCUUGGUUAUUGCUUUCCAAUUUCAGGAGAGGGGCCUCAUCAGGCUUCUCCACCGGGAGGUAGCAGCAGUUUUCCAGGACAACCGAAUGGUAACUGUCUGCCAGAAGGUGGCUCUGAGCGCAGAGGACAAGCUUCUUAUGUGACACCAGCUGCGGAAACGCAAGAUCCUGAUGAAGGUCUUCCCCAACCAGGUACCGAAGCCCUUCCUGGAGGAUUCCAAGUGCCAAAAUCUGCUGCCCCUUUUUGUGGGGCACAAUGUGCUGCUGGUCAGUGAAGAACCCAGGGUCAAGGAGAUGGUCUGGAUCUUAAGGACUGUGCCAUUCCUGCCGCUGCUAGGUAGCUGCAUCAGUGACACCAUCCUCAGCAGGCAGGGCAUUAUCAACUACUCCAACCUCCCCGGCCUGCCCCUGGCACGGGGGGAGCUUGUAGUAGGCCUCAUCUGCCUCACUGCCCAGACCCAGUCCCUGCUCCAGCACCAGCCCCUCCAGCUGACCACCCUGUUGAACCAGUACAUCAGACAGCAGCGCGAGGAGGAUUCUGUUUUGUCAGUCAAUGGGAAGCCAGAUCAUCCUGACCCUGCUCCGGACUCUUACCCAGCUGGUUAGCCAGCCCUGCCCAUAAAUACACUGUCCGAUUGGCUGUGCUGUCCACCAUGGGAGAUGUGGAAGAACUUGGGGUGGGGGAGUGCGUUUGUCACUGGGCUUUACUAACACUGGACAAUAUCACUCCCACACUAGGGGAGUGAUAUUGUCAGGUAUAGGGUCACUUGGAGAUGCAGAGGAUUCCAUUUCAAAUGGAGGCUGUCAGUCACUGGUUUUAUCCUUAGUUUUCCUAACUCGGGACCCAAUAGGAGCAAAGGUCCAAGGCAGAGAGGCUGAAAAGAUAAGGCUAUUACCCCCUGCCUCCUUGGUCACUGCCCCUUGCUGCAAGGGCUUCUUAGCCCACUCCCUUGGGGCACAAACUGCCACUGCCACAGUAGCUCAACCAAGCAGUCGUGCUGAGGAUAGCACUCGGUGAGAGCCUGCUGUGUGCCAGGCUUUGUGCUGAGUGCUGUACGUGCGUUAAUUCCUUUAUUCCUGACCACAUUGUACCCAUUUCACAGAGAAGGAGCAGAGAAGUAGCUUGCACAAGGUCAUGCGGUUAGUAAGUGGCAGAACAGAGACUUAAACCAGGCCCUCUCUGCUCUGAAGACAGCAUCCUGAAUUUCUACACUAGAGCUUCCUCAUCAGGUUACCCAGAAGUGGGUUCCAUCCACUAUCCAGGUGUGCUCGGAUGUUAGUUCUCCACCCUCGGGGUGUGCCAUGCUAUGGAAAGUUUGGGAGCACUGCUUUAUGAUAAAACGAAAUGCAUUCUACUUUCUCUAUUUUGUGGUUUACAUGGUUGUCCCACCUGUAGACUUAUUCUCAGGGACUUCUCUGUCUUCUGACUUUCCUCACUCUCAUUUCCCAUCCUAGGAAAAUCCUCUUCCCCUGUACCUGUUCCCACAAAUGGCAUCCCGCGCAUGCUUGCCCUGUGAAAGGCAGCUGACAGCUGUGCCCACUAGCUAACAUUUCUCUGGUGGUUCUGAACAAAAGGGCUGGGGGGAAACUAGGAUUCUCGGUUAAUGGGGGAUUCUGAGGGCUCUAGAGUAGGAGGCCUCAUGCAAGUCUCCGUGAAUCAGAAAUUCCUAACAAAGGAGAUUGGAUGCUUAACUCAGAAAACAAACAAACAAACAAAAAACAAACAACAACAACAAAGUUACUUGUUUGAUACUUGAAACAAGUUAUGUCUGAAAGAGCAAAUAAGGUAUAAACUCUUAAUUGGGGGUUAUAUUUCAGUGUAAGAUGUGUAUAUUAAAGUCUCUUGAUGUGUAGACUAACUUUUUAUUAAUUGACCACUGUCCACAAAUCAGAGCAAACAGCUGCUUGCCACAGAAAUGAAACUACUGCAAAUUCUGGAAAUGUCGCCACCUUGAGAAGAUUGUUCAUUGGAAGAUAUUAAAUUGCAGGUUUACUUACAA